CGGAACGCUCGCUCGUGAUAUACACAACUCGCCGUAUCUCGUAAAGACGGAGCUGCGUUCGCCAAGAGACGCAUGUCAAGGUAGCGAUCGGAUACCUCAACAGUCUUGUUGGACAUUCCACAGUUGUCGGGUGGAAUGAGUUUUAUCAAACGUUUGAGACGCAAGAAAAAUGAAGACACAAAGGAGACCCUGCAGGUGAAGGGGACCUCAGAUGGCAACAACUCUCCAACGCGGUUACCUGUCAUAAGUAAUGAGGAGCUGGACUCCGUCAUCACAGAUUUCAAGUUACAGUUGCCGGACGACAAUAACCAUGGAUUUGCAACUUCACCAACUAAGAGGUCGGAGAAGUCGGAGCUGUCUUUGGCGCUUGAGGACUGCAUGGUGGCACUGGACAUGUUCCUGCAGAAUGACUUUGAGGGAGCUCUGUCCCGGUUGAGGACCAGGAUCAAGGACAGCAUGUACCAUGCCCUCACCUACGCCACCAUACUGGAGAUGCAGGCCAUGAUGACCUUUAACCCCGAGGACAUCAUGACUGCAGGCAACACCAUGAAAGAUGCCCAGGCUGUGUGUCAGAGGUUUAGGAAGAAGUCUUCCUUCAACAGCAAAAACUUCACAGAGGAGGAGCUUCAUGCUGAAGUGUGCUAUGCCGAAUGUCUCCUGCAGAGGGCAGCCCUCACCUUCCUACAGGAUGAAAACAUGAUCAGCUUCAUCAAAGGAGGCAUCAAAGUGAGAAACAGCUACCAGAUAUACAAGGAACUUCACACAAUCCUCCAGUCCUCUGGUUUUGCCCAAGGGGACAACCAUGGCCACUUUGAAGGAGGGGUCAAGCUUGGAGUGGGAGCCUUCAACCUAAUGUUGUCCCUGCUGCCCACUAGGACUCUCCGACUCCUGGAGUUUGUGGGCUUUUCUGGCAACAAGGAGUUUGGUCUCCAUCAGCUUCAGGAGGGUGCAGUGGAACACACCUUCAGAUCCUUCCUGUGCAACAUGCUCCUGCUCUGCUACCACACCUUCAUGAGCUUCAUCCUGGGGACGGGGGAGGGGGACGUGGAGGACGCGGAGAAGCUGCUGCAGCCGUAUCUCAAGCAGUAUCCCAAGGGCUCCAUCUUUUUGUUCUUCGCUGGUCGAAUAGAGGAAAUCAAAGGAAACUUGGAUGCUGCUAUCAAGCGUUUUGAGGAGUGCUGUGAGGCACAGCAGCACUGGAAGCAGUUCCACCACAUGUGCUACUGGGAACUGAUGUGGUGCUUCACCUACAAGAGGCACUGGAAGAUGGCCUACUUCUACGCAGACCUGCUCAGCAAGGAGAACGCAUGGUCCAAGGCGACGUACGCCUACAUGAAGGCCGCCUACCUCAGCAUGCUGAGCCCAGAGGACCGGCAGACGUUUGGCGAGAGCGAGAUCGACCUCUUCAGGCAAGUGCAUGGACUUAAACAGAAGAUUGCUGGGAAGUCUUUGCCUACUGAGAAGUUUGCCAUCCGGAAAGCGAGACGAUACAAUGCUGAAAGAUCUGUUCCUCUGCCAGCUCCUCCUCUGGAGAUGAUGUACAUCUGGAACGGCUACACUGUGAUUGGCAAGCACAAGGACCUGACGGAGGGGAUGCUCAAGACCCUGGACGAGGAGCAGCAGAAGCUGGAGAUGCACCCCAGGACGGACUUCACCAUAGAUGACCAGUGUGUGAUCAGCCUUCUGAAGGGACUGUGCCUGAAGCACCUGGGCCACCAGGAGGAGGCGGAGCACUACUUCACCCUUGUCCUCUGCAAUGAGACGCAGAUCAAGUAUGACCACUACCUGGUGCCCAACGCACUCCUGGAGCAUGGCCUGCUGUGUCUGGAGCAGGGCAGAAGGGAUGAAGGCAUUAAACUACUUGAAUCGGCCAAGCAGAAUUACAAGAACUACUCCAUGGAGUCCCGGACACAUUUCCGAAUCCAAGCUGCUUUGCACAAAGCCAGAGGCCCCACAGGGGUGAACGGAGAGCACUGCACACCCUCCAGCCCCUAGCCUAGCUGGCCCGAGGACCUAGUAAGGAUCCUGGAGGUCUGGAGGAGGAUGGUGGGACGAAGAGGACCCACACGACAACCACUGGAAACAGCCAGACCACUGGACUGGCCUUGCCAUGAACCGCUGAGAUCACCCUCUCUAAAGAACUCUCUCACUCGCUUACUUGCUCACAUACCAACACAGACACACACACACACACACAUAUGUAUACACACACUUUUACUGUCCCAUAAGGGCAAUUUUGUGUGCAGAAAUAGAUUGUCUCACAAAUAAUCUGGUCAAGGAAGGUAAGCUGCACACAAUAAAUAUUGUAAUAUACUCUCUCUCUCUCUCACACUCACUCACUCACACACAGACACACACACACACAUACACACACACACACUUAGUGCAUGCAGAAAAACAUAGAGACAUAAACACCAGGUCAUAUGCAAGUGUGUAGCCCAGUGUGUGGAGUCAGCAGGUUUAGAUUAAUAACACUUGGAUGGCCAUGGAUUUAGCCACAACUCCAUAUGUUCCCAUGCACCCAUGUACAGUCUAUUCCCAGCCAAUGGCCAUACUAUAGUCCUGCUGAACACAGACAAUCAGUUCUUGCUCCCUCCUAAAGGUUAAUGAUGCUUUACGCACAACGUCCGUCACACCUUUCAGUUACCUAGGUGAUCUCUCUUGCUUCAGAGUUCAUUUGAAUCUUGGUGAUCCUUUCGUCUUGUCAUAACACAUGCAGUGAUUUUAUAUACAUAUAUAUAUAUAUGUGUAUAUGUGUGUGUAUAGUCUGACCCAAUGUUACAGUUAUAAAUAUCAGCCAAAACUUGCAAAGGACUUAACCAGCUCUGAUCUUCAUCAAGAAGUUAUUGAAACAGCAUAGUUAUGUUGCCUCUCUGUGCUCUGUGAUGUGCAUGCCAGGACAUCCUGUUGUAUUACUCAAGUAUCUAGCCAAAUAGAGACCUCAUGCCCACUGGAAACCAGGGCUUCUAUGAAGGCUAUGCCUGCACUCACUCACCACAGCACAUCUGGAUGCAUAAUUAUGUAGUUGUAACUGGUGGAGUGGUUGGUGUUCGGUCAUUUCCUUUUAGUAUUUAUUCACUGCAACGACGUCUCUUUGUUAUUGUUGUUACAAUUGUCCAGUUUAAGAGGACUGAUGAUUGUGUCUUUCAGAAAGGCAGUGCCCCUUUUCCCUUUCACGCUGUGUGGACUUUCUCCAGAUAGCCCUUGAGUGCAGUGGACAAGUGAGUCUUUCAUAUGUCUGCUGGGAGGCCUGGCCUUGCGCUCCAUCCUCCCUGAGUAAAGCAUUGACAGCCGGCCUGAAACGCUGCCACAGACGCGCACACACACACACACACACACACACACACACACACACACACACACACGCACACACAUGCGCACACACACAGUUGCAGUCCAGCAGAGCAGAACAGAAUUUAUUUUUAGCAUGACACCAAACCCCUCAUGAUGGUUGCACAGCUUUCAGUUUGAAUAGUUACUUGAAAACACAACAGUUUAUUGAGGAAAAUGGAUCCACCAACUUCUUUUAUUUUAUUGUAUUUCUGUAAAUGUUUUUUAUUUUUUAAUUUUUUACUGUAAAAAAUGUUUAACUUUAAUUUCUCAUACUUUUAAUCACUACAUGAUGUAAAGAUGAUUGUUGGUGGAAAAGGGUCUUGAUAUUUUAGGAUUAAUUCAUUUUGAAGAAACAAGGAUAUUUUACAACUUCAGACCAUGUGUGUGCACUUUCAUUUAUAUUUGGCUUAAGAAUAAGCACCACUGAAAAGUAUACACAAAUGAAAACUAUUGAUGCUACCAAGAGUACAGCUUAAUGUGAUCCGCCUGGCGUUAGCAGCAAAACAGUGUCACAGGUAAAUAUAAUGGUUAAAUAACCUAUUAAAUCUGCAAUGGGAAAGAAAAUGUAUGGUACAAUUUGCUUUUCUGUUUAAUCACCACUGUUAUUGUGUAUGUAUGUGUAUUGUAUGCAUAUCGAUUGAGUACAUUCAGGGCCCUUGUGAAAAUAUCUUCAGGCAAAAGGGGAGAUGUUUUCACCAAAUAUUUUAUUUUGAUGUGAGGUGGCUCUGUUCAACAUUUAAGAAUCCCAGCCAAAGGCCAUGCUUUUAGUCUUAGGUUGUGUGUAUAUAUAUACAUUUUUUUUUUUUUUUUUUACAAUGAUGUGUAAUGGAUUACAAAAUCAAAUAUAAAUCAGUCUUUUAUCCAA